CCAGGCUGGAGUGCCAUGGUGCCAUCUAGGCUCACUGCAGCCUCAACCUCCCAGGCUCAAGUGAUCCUCCCACCUCAGGUCCUAAAGGAAGAGUCACUACACUGGGGACUGUUUGGACAAGGAGAUCCACGGGGCAGACUUGGCGGGAUAGUCCCUGGGGCAGCUUGGAUCCUGGGGCUGCCUCCUCCUUCCUCAGCCCCUCCCUGGUCAGGCGCUCCUGGGGUGGGGUGGGGGAGUCCAGGCUUGUCUUGCAACUGAUUGUUCUCUUCGGACCCUCCCUGGCGAUGCCAGAUUCACUGGGCCGGCAGAUUCUGCCCCCAAACCUGUCCAACCAGUUGUUUGAGAGGAGGGGGUACCUGGGAGGGGCAACAGGAGAUGCCAGGAACACCUUCCCCUAGCCCAGCACAGACUACAGACCAGGGAGCCUCUGGAGCUGCAGACACUGCAGACAGACGAACAGAUGGACAACAGCUGGAGGCUUGGCCCGGCCAUGGGGCUCUCUGCGGGACAGUCCCAGCUGCUAAUGUCGCUGUUGCUGCUACUGACCCAUGUCCAGCCUGGGACAGGCAUAGCUGCCCCAGAGCACAUCAACUAUGUGCCCCAGCUCUCAAACGACACCCUGGCGGGGAGGCUCACCCAGUCCACCUUCACGCUGGAGCAGCCUCUGGGCCAGUUCCACAGCCACAACAUCUCUGACUCGGAUACCAUCUGGCUGGUGGUGGCCCUCAGCAAUGCCACCCAGAGCUUCACGGCCCCACGGUCAAACCAGGACGUCCCGGCUCCUGCCAACUUCUCCCAGAGGGGCUACUAUCUCACACUGAGGGCCAACCGGGGGCUGUACCUGGGUGGCCAGGCCAGAGGCCAGCUCCGUGUCCUCCGCGUCGGCAAUGAUACCCACUGCCAACCAACAAAAAUUGGCUGCAACCAUCCCCUCCCGGGACCCGGCCCCUACAGGGUGAAGUUCCUGGUGAUGAAUGACGAAGGACCCGUGGCUGAGACAAAGUGGUCCAGCGACACUCGCCUGCAGCAAGCCCAGGCACUUCAGGCUGUCCCCGGCCCCCAGAGCCCAGGCACCGUGGUCAUCAUUGCCAUCCUGUCUAUCCUCCUGGCAGUCCUCCUUACAGCCCUCCUGGCUGUGCUCAUAUACACCUGCUUCAACAGCUGCAGGAGCACUUCGCUAUCAGGCCCAGAGGAGAGAGGGAGUGUGAGAAGAUACACCACGCACCACACGUUCAGCACUCCUGCUGAGGGGGCUUCCUGAGGGAUUUCAGGGGGGUCCAUGUGUCCCUCCACCUCCUCCCUGGCCCAGGCUGCAGAGCCUGGGCUGGGACAUGCCCUGAAGCUUCUGGACCCCAAGAGAGAUCGUUUCUUUUCUUUACUUUUUUUUUUUUUUUUUUUUUUUUGAGACGAGUCUCACUCUGUCACCAGGCUGGCACGAUCUCGGCUCUCUGCCUCCCGGGUUCAAGCGAUUCUCCUGCCUCAGCCUCCCGAGUAGCUGGGACUACAGGCAUGCGCCACCACGCCCAGCUCAUUUUUGCAUUUUUGGCAGAGAUGGGGUUUCACCAUGUUGGCCAGAAUGGCCUCGAUCUCUUGACCUUGUGAUCCGCCCGCCUUGGCCUCCCAAAGUGCUGGGAUUACAGGCGUGAGCCACCGCGCCCGGCAAGAGAGAUUGUUUCUAGAUGAGGGUGGGGGGUGAGUGUCCUUAACCCAAAGCUUGUGCCAGUCUCUAUCAGAAAUAAAUGCCCCCAACAUCC